AUGGAGAAUCCAAACAAAUUCUCAUUUGUGAAAGGGAUCCCCUUCUUCCCCCGAGUCCAUGAUGUGGAGGCAAUCAAGAGAAUGUGGAAUGAGUUCAAGGUUCGGGACAAAGACGUCAUUAUAAUGAGCUACCCCAGGUCAGGUACCCACUGGAUAAUAGAUAUUCUUAGCCUGAUCUACUCAAAAGGAGACCCCACUUGGGUCAAGUCUGUCCCUUGCUGGAAACGUUCUCCUUGGAUAGAAAUGAAAAAUGGCAUUGAAAUGGUCAAGAAUAAGUCAGACCCACGGCUCUUCUCUUCCCAUCUCCCAGUACAGCUCUUCCCUAAGUCCUAUUUCACCAGCAAGGCCAAGAUGAUUUAUGUUGCCAGAAAUCCAAAGGAUGUCAUUGUAUCGUUUUACCAUUUCAACAAUCAGUUUCUCAAUUCCCCUUCAUGGUUAACUUUUGAACAUUUCUUUGAGGGGUUCCUGCAGGAAAAUGUGAUGUAUGGAUCCUGGUUUGACCACAUCAAACAAUGGCUGCCCAUGAGAGAGGAGGAGAAGUUCUUGUUCCUAACCUAUGAGGAACUUCAUCAGAGAGCAGAGUAUCCUGGAGGAGAGAGUGGCCAGGCUGCAGAGACCAAGGAGAAUGAGCACCGAGAAAAGAUCAUGGAAUCUGCCCUCCAAGAGAUCAUUGGUUACUUUGGAGAGAGCAGUGAGGGUGCGCUGAUGAGAGGUUACUCUGCUCAAGGGUGGAGCCUGGGACCCCAACAUGCCAAGUGUGGACAGGCUGAGAGUAUCCAAAUAAAGCAGACGCACACAACCAGGAAUGGGACGGGCCACACUUCCCAGGGAGAAAGCUUGACUUUUAACCCCACUUGCCAGCACUUCCAUCAACAGAGCAAGGAGGAACAAGUUCCACUUCAGAGAAGACAGAGCCCAUAG